CGGGCGGGACGGGAGCUGGGAGCGGAGCUGUGCGAGGUGGCAGCCGGAGCGGUAUGGACGGGUGAGGUCGCGCACGCCAUGUCUCCCACCGUGUCUCACAAGGACAGCAGCCGGCAGCGCCGGCCCGGCGGCUACCACGGCGCGCUCGAGCUGGGCGCCACGUCGCCGGCGAUCGACGGGGACGACGCCGCGGUCCGGCUCGGGCACGGAGACACGGAGGCGCUGCUGCCGGGCCCGCCGCCGCCGCCGCUCGGCCCCCCUCGGGGCUGCCGGGGGGAGCUGGGCAAUGUGCUGCUGCUGUUGUUCCUGUACGUGCUGCAGGGCAUCCCGCUGGGCCUGGCGGGCAGCGUCCCGCUCAUCCUGCAGAGCAAGAGCGUCAGCUACACGGACCAGGCCUUCUUCAGCUUCGUCUUCUGGCCCUUCAGCCUCAAGCUGCUGUGGGCGCCGCUGGUGGAUGCUGUCUACUUCAAGCGCUUCGGGCGCCGCAAGUCGUGGCUCGUGCCCACACAAUACUUCCUGGGGCUCUUCAUGCUGGGCUUGUCCACGCAGGUGGACUCGCUCCUGGGGGACGGGGAGGGCCAUGGCCCCGACGUGCUGGCCCUCACCGCCACCUUCUUCUUGUUCGAGUUCCUGGCUGCCACACAGGACAUUGCCGUGGACGGCUGGGCCCUGACGAUGCUGUCACGGGAGAACGUGGGCUACGCGUCCACGUGCAACUCUGUGGGCCAGACGGCGGGCUACUUCCUGGGGAACGUCUUGUUUCUGGCCCUCGAAUCCGCCUCCUUCUGUAACAAAUAUCUGCGCUUUGAACCUCAGCCCAAGGGAAUUGUCACCCUUUCAGAUUUCCUGUUUUUCUGGGGUGCCAUCUUCUUAAUAACUACUACGUUAGUUGCCCUUCUGAAAAAGGAAAACAAGGAAGUAACACCAUCAAAAGAAGAAACAAAAGGCAUCACUGAUACAUAUAAACUGCUUUUUUCAAUAGUCAGAAUGCCAGCAGUUUUCACUUUCUGUGUUCUGAUUCUAACAGCAAAAGUGGGGUUUUCAGCAGCAGAUGCAGUAACAGGUUUAAAAUUGGUGGAAGAGGGAGUACCUAAAGAACACUUAGCUUUGUUGGCAGUUCCAAUGGUACCUUUACAGAUAAUACUGCCUCUGAUUAUCAGCAGGUACACAGCAGGUCCGAAGCCACUGAACACAUUUUACAAAGCUAUGCCUUUCAGGUUAUUGCUUGGCUUGGAAUUUGCUUUUUUGGUUUGGUGGACUCCUAAAGUGAAACAUGAAGGGGGAUUUCCAACUUACUACUACAUUGUGGUAUUGCUGAGCUAUGCUUUACAUCAGGUUACAUUGUACAGCAUGUAUGUUGCUAUUAUGGCUUUCAAUGCCAAAGUUAGUGAUCCACUGAUUGGAGGAACAUAUAUGACACUCCUCAAUACUGUAUCGAAUCUAGGAGGAAACUGGCCUGCCACUGUAGCUCUUUGGCUUGUGGACCCACUUACAAUGAAAGAGUGUGUAGGAGCCCAGGAACAGAACUGUAGAACCACAAUUGCUGCUGAACUUUGUGCAAAAGAAGGUGGCUCUUGCUUGACUACUCUAGAUGGUUACUACGUAGAAUCCAUUAUCUGCGUUGUUCUAGGAUUUGGCUGGUGGUUCCUGCUUGGACCAAAGCUCAAAAGGCUGCAGGAUGAAGGACCAUCUUCGUGGAAAUGCAAAAGGAAUAAUUGAUGUAAUUCAACUAUUGGAUGGACUAGUGAAAUUGUUAUAGCUCAAUUUUACUUCAAAGACACAUACUAUAAUCAAUAGGACUAUAAAUAUAUUUAAACAUGCCAAAUGGCUGAGAAACUAAGACAGCUAAGAAAGUGAUGAUAUCACUUGCCUUCCCUUUAUGAAAAUCUAGUUAAGUUCUAAAAAGGUAGUUUGUAAAAAGGCAGCUUUAUACUUCAUCUUUAUGUGGUCUAGCUUCAGAGUCCUGGCUGCUGGUAGAAGCAACACUUAAAUUACAGUGCAGUAGCUAUGGAAAAGCAAAUUGUGCCACAUCCAUAUUGAAAGCAGCAUUGUCAGCUCAGUUCUGACUUUUCUUGUUGUUUUCAAGCAGACACCAUCUGGCAUGAUCAACAGGUUGACUUGGUAAUACUGUCAUUUAAAGGAGUCUUGAUUUGAUCUAAAAUUUGAGUAAGUAUUUAAAACUAAAACAUAACAAAAUGGAAAUUCAUUUGAGGGAAGAGAUACAUGGACCAUCUUUAUAACAUUUAUCAUUUGCUUUCCUGACCGUAACAGCACAUCAAAGGAUGUAAUAUUUUAAAGAGUCUUUUAAAUGCAUUUCCUGGCUUUUAUAAGCUUUAAAGGCUUAUAAAAUAUGGGGGGUUUUGUUUGUUUUAAAUAAUGAUGAGGUUUUUUUAAUUUGUCUCUUUAUUUCAAGUAUUUUGUUUUAUUACUUGAAACAGUUUUUUUGCAGAAAACUUGAUAUGAGGUGGGAUCUUUGUUGAGUUAUACAAUAAUCUAAGCCUUGAAUGCUGAAGGAUCAGAUAGAGUAGUGUAGCAGUUGUUGAAUUGAUAGCAGGGCUUCAAAAAAAUGCAUAAUCCUUGCUGUAUUCAGUUUGCAUCUGGGAGGGAGUGGAAUGAUUAGUAACAUAGUUCUUUUGUUACAUAAAUUUGAUCAUAUUGAUUAAAAUGAGUGAGAAGUUGCAAACGUUUAUGUAUUCCAAAGAGAGCAAAAGAUGUUCAGUGCCUUUGAAAGAAGGGGUGGAUGGUGAUGAUAAUAUUUUGUGUUAGUUCUGAGCAUGUUAACAUGCUGUGUUGUACCUUGUUUGCUGCAGUUAGUUAUUUUGCGUACAACAGUUGCUACAGAAACUCAUAAACUGGUUCUUUAUCAUUGAAACUUGCUUGCUGUAUUUAUCAUGAGAUGAAUUCACCUCUUGAGUGCCUUAGUGAUGUAUGGCAUGCUGUAUAUCAGCUGAAAAGGCACUUGUAUAUUUUGGUUGGAUGUAUACUAUACAUCAUUACUACUUCAUAAAGAUAGUUAAAAAAUAAAACCUUUAAAAGGUAUGAAAAGUUAAUAUUGGAUUCCUUAUAAUUCCACUUGCCUACAAAAUAUCAAGGGUAUUCCACCUUAAGUUUUGUGCUUUAAAUAUUUUUAAAGGAUACAGCUUUUUUGCUGAAUUAUUAACAUUAAAUUAUUGAUUCUAAUUGAAUCUGGAUUAUAUUACAUGUAGAUUUUUUUAUAGUCUAUGGAGUAAAAAGAUUUGGGGAACAAGUUUGGCAGAGAAACUUUGAGAGAACACAUCAGUCCCAAAGAUUGCUCUUCUAGCUCUCCCCCCCACCUAAAAAAAGUUUGCAUCGGACUGGAUGCCACUGAGUGGAUUAGAUUUGUCAUCUGAGCACAUGGUAACCCAGAGCUGAGAUAUGGGUAGAGUUCUGAAUUCCAGUUGCUUCUUGCUGAAAUGUAUUGAUCCAAUGUAGUAAUAGCACACUUUCUGUAUCUUUUAAGCUUUUUUAAGAUAUCAGAAUAGGAAAACCAAGCCAACCCACUUGAAUAUAAAAGCACAGGUUUCAUGUAAAGUAUUCCAAUUUUUCCAAAGUUAAGAUAAAGCUUAGUUAUUUGAACUAAAUUCAAUCCUGUCCACUAAACAAAUGAGAAUAGAACACUGCAGGGCUUUUGUAAUAUGUGGAUACAGUUGUUAGUUAUGGACAGAAGAUUUCUACUGGCAUUACUGUGCGUUUCAUAUUUGAGUUCCAAGUACCUCUAACAAUGUACCAUUAUGAUCCAUUUACUUAAUAUAGUUGUAUUAACCAUACAUAGACAAUUUUCUGUUUGCUUUUAGAAAAAAAUGUGAAUGUCCUCAGUCUCUGGUGUGCUUGAAAGCAGCUGCUGAGGAUGAACUGGGAGCAGCCUACCUGCAUACAUCUAGGUUUAGAGUACAUCUAUAGGUGUGGUUAGAUAAGUGGUACUUGGGUAUAUGUCAAUAGUGGGGUAUGGACAAGCUCAUAUAUGUUAAAUACACAGACGUGUAAUGGUUGACCUUCAUUUUGCGAUUUUGUAUUACACUUUCUAUCAUGUGCCAAGGUGACUUAAUUAAAAAUGUCAUUUGAAUUAGUUGAUACAUCAGAUCAGCUUUUUAAAUAUUUUUCAAAAUAAAAAUUAAAACAAAAAUCAAUAGCAAAAAAUGUAAUGUAUUUAUUUUUUCUUAUGUAAGAAAGAAUAACUUGUCCUCCUUCAGUGGAGGUUUCGUUCUUUUAGUUAUCUACCAGUGCUGUUGUGUUGUCACAUAUUUAAGUUGGAAAUGUUCCAAAUAUGUCAAUUAAGUGGCAGAUUGUUAACUAGUCUUAAUAGGACACUUUUCUUUCUCAAAACCACUAAAAGCUAUGAUUACAGUUCUGCCCAGAUUUCAAUUUGCAUGAUAGAAAAUGGGAAAUAUGGGAAGUGAAGCAUAUUUUAUUUGGGUAAUAUGUGUCUCAAUUGUUGCAGAUAUUUUUAUGGCACCAAAUAGAUAGCUUCUUCCCAUAAUAUCCAGGGAACAGAAUAUUUCAGUAGAUAGAUCUGUCUGUAGUCUGGAUCUAAUUUUAGCUGGUAGAGACCAGAAGUUGUUAUCCUUUGCCAUCCAUAAUAUAAUUCUCUAUGGUUUUCAAAAUAAGGUGUAGAGAAAAUGGGACUACUGGUAGGUAAGUGCUGCUGUUUCACUUACAAAAUUGGCGCUUGUAGCAGUUUUAGCUAAGAAUUCAACAUAUAAAAGGCCACAUAAACUUAAACGUAUUUGUUUCAGUGCAUCCUUUCUAGAAGAAAGUCGGAAGGGUACAUGGGCUUACUGGCUGGACAGCGUGAGAACAUUUUAGUAUCUGUUACAGGUUUGGUUUUGUUUUUACCCAUCAUGCACUUUUUUCAUGUUAGGUUAAGUUGCACCUUUUUGUAUCUUGUUGCUUCAAAAUAUUUUUUAAUUAGCACUCAAGCAGAUCAAGCUAGUCACCUUUGUGAUUUUUGCAAGCUUAUGGAAAACUAAGUAUUAUUGAGUUCCACUGUAGUUUCACAGUUUAUCCACAUCAAGCUUGUGGGAACUGAGAUUAUACAGCAUCUUGCAGGAUGGAAACCCUUGUUUAGUGAACUAAGCUAUCACUUUUGCAUCCCAAAUUGUGGAAAAGAGGGUGCUAAACUCUAAAUACUAUUCCGACAUAAGUCAGUACCUUAAUUCUUUCAAUGAAAAUUAGGUGUAUGUUACUGAUCACAAUCUUCAGUAUAAGUUAACUGAAAUGGUAUCAAAUAUUCAAACUUCAAUAUUAAAGUAGAAAAUGUUCCAGUAGAACAUUAUCCAUUUGAAAUUGCUAUGAUAAUAUACCAUUAUGUCUAGUUCAUCUUACUGACUUAAGGCUGAGAUUUAUUGCUCAUCAUUUGUUUGAACUUCUAACGUUUUUAAAUGUUCUUGAUGCAAGAGUGCUCUUUGCUUUGGCUUACAAGUUCAUGACUGAACUCUUGUUCUGUGUCUGAAAUGUUAAGUCAUGAUUAUAUUGUUGGUACCUUAAUGUACUACUUAUUCCUAAGAGGUCACAAUUGGAGACACUAAAGUGGAUUCAACUAUCAGCAUGUUAUAAAGUUACUUUGGCAUUGUUUACACAUUACUUAAUGAGUGCCAGUAGAAUGUACCCCAUAAGUGGACUACUUAAAAUUCAUCCCUGGGAUGAAACGGUUUCAGCAGUUGGUUGUUUUCUAGGGCAUCAUUAAUUUAUUAUGGGAUUUCAGUUGUUUUUAAUCACUUUAGGAGACAAUAAAUCAUGAUGCAAUAUAAAAAAAUCAGCUAUAUCAAGUAUUCUGGAGAUGUAGGUUAACUGGGGAAUUUAUUUUAUAUAGUGUGCUUAAGAGCUGAAAAAGCGGCUUGCUAUUUUAAAAUACUGUGAUUUACUUCAAAGUUUUAAUUUGUGCUAAAUGGGAACAAAACAUGGUGGAACAGUAACUUAUGGUCAGACCGUUUACAAUGGUCUGAUUUUAAAUCGUAGAACUUGACGUUUUCAUUUCUAAAAAUGUUUUAAAUACUCUUUUUGUGUUACAGGGUGUUUGUACCUGUCCCAUGGACUUCGUUUUAAAAUGUUUGUUGUAAGAGUGUAGCGUUCAUUGAUUGACUAGCUGUCCAGUUAUUAAAAUCCUGAGUGUAUGGAAUCAUUUGGGAGGUCCGACUAAUGUGGUGAUGCAAUUUAUUUAUUUUUAUUCUGUGGAUUUCUGUUUCUUAUGUGGUGAAAGCACUUCAGGUUCUUUGAUUUUUCAAAUAAAAGAUAAUGACUAAUGAA